AAAGGCUCUAUCCAAGGCAGUGGCAGCUGGAUGGAGCCACCCCUCUGAUCUCUGGAGUCCCUCGGGAGCAGCUGGAAGUUGGGGAGCAGGUGACGGAUCUUGAGCCGGAGAGGCCUGGCUCUGUGGACCAUGACCAGCAAUCUGGACAUCUUCGUGGGGAACACCACCCUGAUUGACGAGGAAGUCUACCAACUCUGGUUGGACGGCUACUCGGUGAACGAUGCAGUGACGCUCCGCUUGAGGAGCGGGAUCCUGGAGCAGACCGGGGCCACGGUGGACGUCUUGCAGAGCGACACCAUGGACCACUACCGCACCUUCUACAUGCUGGAACGCCUCCUCCACUCGCCCCCCAAGCUGCUGAACCAGUUGCUCUUCCAAAUUCCGCCCUGUCGCCAGACCAUGUUGAUUGAGAGAUAUUAUGCCUUCGACGAGGCCUUUGUGCGGGAGGUUCUAGGUAAGAAACUCUCCAAGGGCACCAAGAAAGACCUGGACGACAUCAGCGUCAAAACCGGGGUCACCCUCAAGAGCUGCCGUCGACAGUUUGACAAUUUCAAGCGAGUCUUCAAGGCCGUCGAAGAGCUCCGUGGGUCCCUGGUGGAAAACAUCCAACAGCAUUUCCUGCUCUCGGACCGGCUAGCCAGGGAUUACGCAGCCAUCGUAUUUUUUGCCAACAGCCGGUUUGAGACAGGGAAAAAGAAGCUGCAGUACUUGACUUUUGAAGAUUUUGCGUACUGUGCAGAACAAAUGAUUCAAAACUGGACAUUGGGGGCAGUUGAUACCAACGUGGACGACAUGGACGUCGACCUUGACAAGGAAUUCUUACAGGGCCUGAAAGAGUUGAAGAUCCUGUUCGCCGACAAAGACCUGUUAGACCUCCACAAAAGUCUGGUGUGUACGUCCCUGCGGGGGAAGAUUUCUGUGUACAACGAGAUGGAAUCCAGUUUUAAGAACCUUUCCCGGGCUCUGAUCAACAUCGCUUCGAAGCUCACUCACAGCAAAGAUGUCCGGGAUUUUUUCGUCGACCUGGUGGAGAAGUUUGUGGAACCCUUUCGGUCGGACAAAUGGAGCCCCAACGACGUGCGCCUCUUUCUGACGCAGUACACGGCUUGCGCUCACACGCUGGAUGCGUUCAGGCAUCAAGUGCUCUGGGAGAGAUACAUGGCAACGCUCAAAGCUUGCCUUCUGAAGAUGUACCACGACUGAGACCCUGGCGUUCUGUUUUCAGUUUUAGAUUUUAGUUCUCUUCUAGGAGAGACAAGUUGAAGGGCGAAAGCAAAAGGGGGGAAGAAAAAGAAAGUCUACCAGCCGGUCAGCAGUGAGCUUCUGUGCCGGUCAGUUCCGCCGGCCGCUCUCCGCUCCGCCUCGGCCGAAUCUCACCCAUUUUUCUCUCCAUCUCUUCAGAGACGGCAGCGAGGCCCUUGCUUUUAAGAAAUAAAGGAGCAUUUCUGUCACAAGG